GGACAGGCCAUCGGUUUGGGGAAACAAAGUAUUGAAACUUCUGUUGAAAAACUGAAGCAAAUCUUAUAUUUUCGAAUAUUUACUUUAUUUUACAAAAAUUGUAAGACUUUUGUAGACGAACGAACAACUGGCAAAACAUACAAUUGACUCACAAUUUGAAUCAAAACCGAUUGAUAGAAGUUUGCACUUGCUACGUAUUUUCUACGUGAUUUUUUUCUUUUUAAAAUUGACAAAAACGGCACAGAAUCAUAAAAUGUAGCCAAAUGUUUAGCCACAAAACUGAAAUAACAAUUUUAUUUGGAGCGUUAUGGAUUUAAGUUUAUACGAUUUUCAUCCCCCGCAGACUUCAGUGGACGAUGAUUAUUUGUUGUUGCAAGAAUUAUACAUUUUUAAUUGUAGGAAAGGCGACGACAUCCAGAAAUUAAGCGUAAUUCAAGCUUUACCCCAAAUUUUGCAAUAUGACCCAAACGGAACUCUUACCAGACUUGUGCCAAAAAUUCAACAAGAGUUGCCAAAAUCCUCAUGCGAGUUUCACAUAGCCACUAGUAAGAUAUUUAAAUUGUUGAUUGAAAAGCAACUGCCUUUGAAUUUAACUGGGGCUGUCAUACAAGGCACUGAGUCCAAAGACCCUGUAGUUUCAAAUGCGUGGACCGAGACUUUGUUGGCUGUCAUUCCGAUUUUACCAAUUGAUCAAAUUAAGUCUGCAGUUAUACCGCUAGCAUUAGCAAAAUCGCAGCCCUCAAGUCCUGUCUAUUGCCGCGUGUCUAGUUGUAAAAUUUUGGGAAAAUGUGCAUCUCAUCCGAAAAUGCAGUCAAUAGACGUGAAAGCUUCGAUUUUGCCGGCUGUUCAAAGCUUGUGCCAAGACUGUUUUCAAGAUGUGAGGGCCACAAUGUGCGCGCAGUUACAUUUCAUUGCUCAAGGUUUGGGCGAAAGUUUGGUAAAAACAAGUCUACUCCCUAGUUUAGUUGAGUUGGCAUCUGAUGAUAAUAUGGCAGUUAGGUCAGCUGCGGUGGCUUCAGCGGUUUUAAUGAUCCCAUAUUUAAAUAAGCAGACUAAAUUAGAAACCAUUGUUCCUUUAAUUAAACAGUUGUGCCAAAAGACUUCAGGGCCUGGUGAUACCACUUAUCCCACGAUUGCUAGAGAAUAUGGAAAAUUAGUGAGCGCAUUGCAGAGUGAUUUGGAAGUUAACGAUUGUGUUUGGACGCUACAAUUUUUCAAGACUUUGGCCUCGAAAGGGCAGACUGUGCGUGUGAAUAAAGACAAUCUCGAAGUGACGCAGGACGUCCUGUGCAGAGAACAAUGUGCUUACAAUUUGCCCCCAGUUACGCAAUUCACAGUGGCUCGUAUACCAAACCAACUAGAACUGUGGCAUACGAUUUUCAGUGGUUUGGCAAAUGACUCCUGUUACAUCGUGAGAAAAACCACUGCCGCUUGUAUGCACGAUAUUGCCAAAAUUUUGGGUCCCCAAUGCAAAAUAAUCAAAGACGAUUUAAUUAAAUUACUUCGUGACGACGCAGAAGAAGUGCUGCAACUACUCGUGCCUCAUGUGGGUCCAACAUUGGAAUUACUUUGUGCAAAUGGUGUGCUUUCACGCGAAUCAAACACUCCGGCUUGUCUCGAAAUUGCAAGAGCGUUGUUAAAGUGCCAGAAUGAAUUAGCAAAAUCGUACAAUUGGCGGAUUAAAUCGAAUUUUCUUCAGCAAUUGGAACGGCUGCCUUUUUGCAUGACCUCGGAUUUUAUUCAUCAACAUUUUAGUCCGGUUAUUUUAAAUUGUGUUUUAGAAGCUAGGCCUAAACCUGUCCGCUCGCAGGCUAGUAGAACGUUAUUGAUUUUCCUCCGAUAUAAUUUGAAAGAAGUUCAAAGAAAAUGGAUUCGUGAUAAUUUAGUAACUCAUUUGUGCUAUGCAAAAUCUUGUUACACCAGACACAUUUUCAUACUGGCGUGUGUUCAUGCUGCUGAGCUUUUCAGUAACAAUUAUUUCAAGAAGCAUUUUUUUGAAACGUUAUUAACGCUGGCUGAUGAUCCUAUAUCAAAUAUACGUUUGUGUGUUAUUGGUCUUUUGCCAAUUUUGUACAAAAUGUUAAUAAUGCCCGAAGAUAGAAAGCUUCAAACGAACAUUGAUAAUAUUUUUUCAAAGUUGGACAUGACAGAGAAAGAUAAAGAUGUUAAAGAUAUUUUAAAGACUAAACUUAAGGAAAUUAGAAGUAUCGGGCCUUCGAACAAACACGAUUAUCUGGUGGAACAGCGACGGAAAGAAGAAGAGGAGAAUAAAAUCAUACAAGGGAAAUUGGUAAAUGCUGCUCCAGCAGCAGGAAAUAAUGUUUCAUCAGCUCCAAAAACGGCAUCAUCACCCGCAGCUAGAGAUACGCCAUCUACUACCAGCACUAGGUCUCAACCCAUCACUUCAAGGUCAACCCCUCGUGUUCCUACUAAAACACCAUCAAUUGUCUCUAAGUCGCCUUCGUCAGGUUCGGGCCCAAACCCGGCUCCAAGCGAUAUGAGCUUCUUAGAACAGCAUUUUUACAUUGAUGCUGGUGUAAGCUUACCGCAUAUAGAACAACCAAUCGAAAUGGAGAUUCGUAAAGUCGUCACAAACUUCGAUCAACAAUUAAAUUUAUAUUCGGGAGACCCAAACAUUAUACCAACUGUAUCAGUCGAGAAUGUUAAUAUUGAAACAAUGUCUGAAAGUGAACUGAAGAAACUAGAAACAUCAACUACGAAUAUAACAGAUGAUGUUAAAGUGAAUUUACGAAAGAGAACUAAGAAAAGUACAAAUCGAAAAUCCCUUCUGAGUCCACCAAAAGAAAUCUGUUUGAAAUACAAAAGAUAUUCAAGUGUGUUUCCAUCAGAUUCGUCGACUAGUAAUGUUCAAAAGACAACAUUGAAUAGAAGAAGUCUGAAUAUAGGUGCAGGGGAUUUGAGUAAAAUUCCAGUAUGUGUGAAAAAGUCACACAGUAAUGCUGAUAUAGAGAAUGUUUUUAAAUGUGGCGAUGGAGAUAAAACGAAUAAAAGCUCAGGAAGAAUGAAAUAUAAACCAAAUGAAUCAACUCAAAAUAAAGUUAGGCCUAAAUCGGAGAUUUUAACACGUACUGACAAACAAAAGGAUGAUUCUGUCAAUAACAGUGCAAUUACUGCCAGUAUUAGUAAAAAUAAUGUGCCAAUAACUAGUAUUAGCAAGGAAAAAGUAUCAGGAUUACCAGUCUUGAAAAAGAGGACGCAGUCCGAUGUCAAGAGCAAAUAAUUUAUUUUGUUACACUUUGUAUCAGAAAGUCUAUUUUAUAUCAAUUUUAAUAAAUAUUACCAUAACAAAA